AUGACAAAGAAAGACAACCCCAUCAGCAAGGUCGUGUCCUCACACCGUCCAGACCUGGAACAAGACUAUGUACCUCUCUACAAGCAUUUCCACGCAAACCCAGAGCUUUCGCACCAAGAAAAGGAAACAGCAGCAAAAAUUGCCGAACACUUGGGACAGACAUGUCCAGAAGUAGAUCUCCAUACUGGCAUCGGAGGACACGGACUAGCAGGCGUACUCAAGAACGGAUCUGGCCCUACGGUAUUGCUUCGCGCCGAUAUUGACGGUCUACCCGUGGAGGAGAAAUCAGGACUUGCUUGGGCGAGCAAAAAGCGUAUGGUCGAUCUUGAAGGUGUGGAAAAGCCGACUAUGCAUGCUUGUGGCCAUGAUAUACACAUUACUUCUCUGCUUGCUGCUGCAUCUCUGCUCUACAAGUCUAGAGAUUCUUGGUCUGGAACACUAAUCUUCUGUUUCCAGCCGGCAGAAGAAAAGGGUCAAGGUGCGCAGGCUAUGGUAGACGAUGGACUAUACGACAAAGUGCCUAUUCCAGAUGUUGUCUUGGGCGGUCAUGUAAUGCCUAUGCGAGCAGGCACGCUGGGUACAAAGCGUGGUCUCAUGGCAUCUUCAGCAGAUUCGUUGAAGGUCACUCUACACGGCAAGGGUGGACAUGCUAGUCAACCGCAUAGACUAGUCGAUCCAGUGGUCAUGGCUGCAAGCACAGUCAUGCGACUUCAAACCAUCGUCAGCAGAGAAGUCGACCCCGCUGACAAUGCCGUCGUCACUUGUGCUUGCAUUAUCGCUGGGGAUGCAGAAAAUGUGGUUGCUGACAACGCCAUCUUGAAACUGGAUCUGAGAGCUGUGAAUGCCGAAACUAGAAGCAAGGUCUUGAGCAGUGUGAAGAGAGUCGUCAACGCAGAGUCUAUGGCCAGUGGCGCGGUUCAAGAUCCUACCUUUGAGACAAUUAGAAACUUCCCUCUUACCAUCAAUGAUGACGAAGUCACACAGCGUCUGGAAGAAAGCUUCGGCGAGCACUUUGGAACGGACGAUAACUCAUACACGAGUUCUGCAGCAAAGCUUGGUGGAAGUGAGGACUUUGGAAUUCUAGCGACGGCGAUUGGAAAACCUUCGUCUUUCUGGACUUAUGGUGGUACAGACCCAGAGUUAUGGGAUAAGGUGGCAGCUGAAGGGCGUCCUGGAGACGUGCCUAUUAACCAUAGCGCCUUGUUUGCACCAGUGAUCAUGCCGACGCUGCAGGUGGCAGUCGAUGCAUAUGCUGUUGCAGCGUUAACAUGGCUUCUGAAAAAAUGA